AAGGAAAGCUUUAUCGAAAAAGUGGAACGAGGCAGAAAGGGGCUGCAACGACGGAAAGAACUGCAGUUCGAGGAAAUCGUCGAUCAAGGUACCCGAACGAAGAUGAAUUAAUCAGAAGCUCGCGAUAUCGAAAACACGUAGAGGAGAGUAUCGAAGAAAUUGAUGGUGGCGCAGGCGCGGGGAACGUGGCGCGCAGCAAGAGCCGCAUUUUCACGAGCAGUUGGCCUAAAGGCGUCGCAGAUCGAGCACGCGAAACACGAGUCGCCCAGUAUCGGUCGAAAGACACGAGGUUUCGCGUGACGUCGCUAUCCCAACUUGCAGAUAAGUGUUUUCGAAAUACCAAAAACUUAUUUCGCUUGGACCGGAUUGACGAUAAAUAAAUUCCGAAAAUAAUCGACUACCGAUUUGAAUAUCAUCGAAAUGCUCGCGGAAACAAUUUGACCGCUCGCGUAAGCUACGACGUACGAUGAUUUUCGCUGGUGAGCGGAACGUAUGAAAUUUUCUGGAAGGUCGAAGGAAGCCACGAUCAAUCGUCCAUGGAUAGGACCAGCCUGCGCGAUACGUGAAAUUUGGUCACGGUGAAGUAUUUCGAACAGGACGCGAAACGUGACGCGAAACGUGACUCGACUCGAAGUAACGAGAUCGCGCAAGUCCCAGGGUUCGACCAACUUUCCCAGACACACUGACGUGGUACAUCGUGCCGCUGACAAGCAAGCGAGCAAGCAAUGUACGCCUCUCGAUCUUCCUACGACGUGGAAUCGAUUCAAAAAUAAAUAGAAUAAAUAGAAACACGUGUCGUCGAGAAGAAUCUAAAAUCCAAGUUCGGAACAAACUUGAAAUACUUGAAAUACCAGCGGAAAACGUUUCCUGCCAGUAAUACAACAAGCAACGCAUCGAAAGAGAUUUAGCGGUCGUAUUUAUCGAUAGACGAAGACCGUAUAUAGAACUUAGAACUUUAAAGACGUCCAUCUCGGCCUGAUCUACGAAUUAUCCGUUGAUCUAUCCAAACCGAGAAACAACUGUUCGUCCGAGAUAUUCACCGGUCAAUGAAUCGAACGAAUCUCUGCAUUGCCAACAGAAGUCCGACCAAGUUCGACCAAACUCGAUCGCUGGAACGAUGAACAACCGGGGAUUUAGCAUCGAAAAAACGUGCACAAUCCGGCCAGUUUACACCGUAUAAAUUGUCUGCCAGCUAAAACACGAAGGACAGGAGUAAUCUUCGGGAAAAGAAAAUGCUUCGAAUUUGCAUGUAUUAUCGAAGCGAUGCGUACGACAAUCGAUUUCGGUGAUUUCACUGAAGUAAGAGGAUGUCGGAAAACUUUGUUAUCGCGCCUUUUACAUGUUUCUGAGAAUGGGAAAACAAGAUCGAGAGAAAAAUGUCGAUCGAAGUGAGAGGGGGUCGACCAACAAUGCCAACGAUUCCACAAUCCAAGAGACCAACAAUUCUAGUUUAUCCAACAGUAACUCCAGAGAGUAUCAUCAUCCCAAUAGUAUCAUGCAUACUCGGAUUUCCAUUGUUGGCUCUAAUGGUCAUCUGUUGUUUAAGAAGAAGAGCAAAGCUCGCCAGAGAGCGAGCACGAAGAAGGAAUUGUGAUCUAGAUCACGGAGCACUCAGUCUCGUUCGUUUUAGUCCUGUCCACCGUUUAGCAUCGAAAGAGGAUUUAGCUGGAAUUGAUCGUCCAACGAGAACAGUAUCGUUACGAAGCGAUCGAGGAUCUAGAGCUUUUCCAUCACUGGAACUAGACACUGUCGUUGAAGAACGAUCGGAUCCUGAACAGAGCACUGCACUGGAACUUAGUAGCCCAGAUUAGCAUCCAGUUUUGGUACCGCCUAGGUCUCCACGACCAUCUAAAUCGGCGGUACCAUUAUCCGUGGAUCAUAGCCCUCUAUGGACAGCAUUAACACACGCUAACGCUGUAUCCUCUGCUCUUGGUGAUACCUAGCAGGAAGUGGAAGAGGGCGGCUACAUCGAAGCUCUCGUACUCGACUUACCCAUAAUCUAUUAGGAGAUUUAUAAGAUAUAUAUGUAUUACGACGAAUUAGUAUAUGAGAUCGUGAACAAUAAUGAAACUGAUCGUAAGGAGAUCUUCGAUACAAAACAAUUUGAAGUCUGUCAUUAUAUGGAAUAUCGAUCUUUACAAGCAAGUUUUGCACUCGUAUAUAAAAUUAAUGACUAAAUUUUAUACUGUCAAACUGUACAAGAUUCUAUGAACAUGCCGCUUUUUAUAUCAUGAAAAACUUAUAACGGGGCAACAAACGCUACAUCGUU